AUGGCGAUUCUACUGCUCCUCAUCGCCCUGGCAGCGCCCAUUACUUCGAUCAGACAGCAUGAGGGCCGGGCCCAUUUCCACCCUAAAGAACGUCGACAGCAGCCCGUCUCGCCCUUCCAGGGUUUGGGAGUGCUGGCAACCUCGGCUCCUGUCGCUGCAGCCUCCACCACCGCGUCAACGACGCCCACAAUAUCCUCCUAUGUCUUUCCCACGACGGUGAUUCAAGUAUCCGUUGCGACAGUGUGUCCCGACACACCGGCUUCAUCGGCAAUAUUCCCCAUCCUUCCCGUCUCUUCGUUGGCAUCCGUGGUGGGAGCCAACACGACGCAAGGCUGGAUCACUAACAGCUCAACUUACAUGCCCAUUCGAGUCAAUGUCACCGCCCUGCUUCCAAAUGGGAAUACAACCGUCUUCUUGUCUACCAGCACGACGCAGGUGCUCCCGACGACCACCACAGUCACGACACCUCCCCUCGGACCAGAAACAGCUCGCAUAGUUUUGGACAAGAAUGGAUGUCAGACGGUAUACAGUGCAAAGACGACAGCGUGGUGCAGUACGACUGUGCAGGCAGCUGGAUUGCUACCCGUUCCCGUGACUGACUGCGAUCAACUUGUUACGUUCUCCAGCCAGAGACUUGGUGGAUGCUCUACCACCACCCCCGGAUCAAGUCCCUUCGGUUCGUCCCUCUCUCCAGUGGAGACAAAUGAGCCUAUGGCAUUCUAUGUCGCCCAUUGGUACGACCUCAUACGAGGUCCCAUUCCCUCCGUCGUCCAAGUCCAAGAUUGUCUCCCUCUCUCCACCGGGUGGAACUGCAUCACGUCAAGUGAAAGCUGGGACGUGGUGACUGCCACGAGCACCACCCGCCGUGAUCGCCUCCGGAACGUGGACGGUCACCACCACGUUAUCCUUCGAAUCGACUCUUACGACGACCACAGUGAUUACUUCAUCCGCGAUCAGUCGACAUCAGCUCGGGGGUAA